GAGCCUGCAAACGAAACCUGUCAAAAUGAGUGCACCUUCCUCCCAAAAAGUGGUCCUGAAAAGCACCACCAAGGUGUCCCUGAACGAGCGGUGAGGCGCCACGCACCCUGUCAGCAGUUAGACACCAGAUGAUGAAAGGGCCAGCCUUGGCUUGUGAAGGUUCUAGUGCUCCCUACGGAAGGCUUCUGUUGGGGACCGGACCCGACAUGGAUGCUAUACUCAGUGUGUGCGCUGCUUACUCAACUACGUCUGUCCCGUCCACGCGUGUGGGGUUAGAUAUGGUUUUAAUGCGGGGCAGAGGAGGCUUUCCUGGGCCAGAUGUCUUGCAUGAGCAGUGCACACAUGUAAACAAGGGGAAAGGGUAGUGGUCAUACUUGGUAAGCCUAUGCUAGGCCGGACCACUGUCCUACUAAAGCCCUGGCACCUACUCCCUGAUAACACAUCCAAGUAUUAGCCUUUACAUGGGAGAGGAAGGCUUGAGCUAAACCAGGGAGAUGGGGCACCUUCCUGCCUCUUUACUUUUCUCUCUCAACCCAGCGGAAAUGAAGCACAUGCUCCCUUUUCUCCCUCACCUGUCUCUCUCUCUCUCUCUCUCUCUCUCUCUCUCUAUGCUUAAAGGUGCUCAGUCCUAGCUUGGACGUGACAAAGCUCUCCCCCUACCCCCCUCAUCUCCCCUUACUCAGUGGUUAAACCACAGCGUCACGGUCCAUGCUGUAAGAGGCUGAGUGGCCAAGCACUCCUCACGUCCAGGGCCUCUGCUGCUGCUGCAGCGCGACGACACCCAGCCGAGCAGCUGGAGGCCUGUAAGUGGCAAACUGUGCUCCUCUUCUGGCACUCUCUUCUCUGUUUCUGCACUCUUUUCUCUAUUCAAGUUUCUUCUUGUGCUUGUUUGAAAUUAAACAUGCUUAAUUCAAAUAUAAACCAUCUGUGAUAUGAUUGAGAGAGAAAGUGAGUGCCAACAAAUGGAACCUUCACUAACAUGCUGAAGAACAAGCAGCCUGCUGCGGUAAGCAUUCGAGCCACCAUGCAGCAGCAGCACCUGGCCAGUGCCCGUAACCGCCGACUGGCCCAGCAGAUGGAGAACCGGCCGUCAGUGCAGGCUGCUCUGAACCACAAGCAGAGCUUGAAACAACGGUUGGGGAAGAGCAACAUCCAGGCGAGGCUGGGCCGGCCAGUCGGUGCUCUGAUGAGAGGAGGACCUGCAGGAGGAAGAGGAGGCAUGAGAGGGAUGACUAGGGGAGGCCUCCGAGGACGAGCCAGAGGAGGAGCGAUGAGGGGAGCGCUGUCUCUGAGAGGGAAGAGGAUGACCACAGGUGGUCCAAUGAGAGGUCGUGGCUCUGCUGGUCGCCUGGCGAUGCGUAGAGGAGGACGCCACCGUGGAGGACCUCCUGGCAGAGGAGGCGCACUGAUCAGAGGAGCAGCACGUGGGGGAGUUGCAAGAGGUCGUGGUGGUCUGCGUGGACGUGGUGGUUUCGCUGGUCGGGGUGGUCGAGGACGUGGGCGGGGCCGGGGAAUUGGCCGUCCUUCUGUGACUCGCGAACAACUGGACAACCAGCUGGACGCCUACAUGUCGAAGACCAAAGGUCACCUGGACGCAGAGCUGGACGCCUACAUGGCCCAGGCGGACCCCGACAGCAUGGAGUGACUCUGAUGCACACGAAGAGAGUCUCUGCUGAACUGCACAACUGAACUCGAACGCACAAGAUGAAGUGUGAAUUACACCAGAAAUGUUCUGAGACGUGAUUGUGUUCAUAAGUUAGACGGCAGAGAUGAAAAUCGAGUAGGGGGUAGAGGUUUCACUUGAAUGUGCUUCGACCACGACUCGGUCCUGCAUCGACCUGCUCCUGAGAAACCUUUCAAAUCUUUGCGGAAGGACCUUUUAAUUAUUAAUUUACCUUCUGUCUCUAGAACCAUUAUUUUUGUUCUGUUUUUUUAUACAUUAUCUGUAAAAUGGAAAUUUGUACCGGCUUUUAAAAAAAAAAAAAAAAAGACCCGGGAAAUGUUAUGUCCACUGAAGUUGAAAACUCCUUUAUUUUAUAACUUUUGUUUUAGAUAGAUCUUAGCGUUUGUUGGUUCUAUCUCAAACAUUUGCGACCUUUUCUAGAUUCAUGUAAAAAAAAGAAUGUAAGAAAAGAGUUAUAAAGCCAAGAAUCCGUUUGUCUGUUUUGUAUUUUAAAAGAUGUAGUGCUCAGUUUUUCCCGGUCUCUGUAUCCAAAAGCUGUCGGCUCUCUGCUGUGGAGGUCUGCGAUUCUUAUCUUGUACCUGAGAGCAUUUGUAUAAAAUUACCUGAAGCCAGUGAAAUAGGUUUUAAUUAAAAUGGAAACGAUGAUUUCCCAAAACUGUG